GCUUCAAUUUCCCCAUACACCCUCUUUUAUACUUUAAUUAUAUAUACAAAUGCACCGACCGAUUCACAACAUCUCAGAAAUUUCCACACCAAAACAACAAUGAGGAGGUCGACUUCUCUCCACGCCGCUGCAUUUUUCAUUCUUCUUUUACUCUGCGUUCCUGUAAUCAUCUCGGCGAGACACAUAAACCGGUCACGUUCACAUGGUGGAGAAGAGAAGAGAAAAGAUGGAAUAAGAAUGAGCGAAAUGAGGAGAGAAAGGUUGCAGCAUUGGGAAGGAAGAAUGGGAAGAAAAGACACACUAGAAAUAGCAGGGUCGAGGUUGCCGGAUUGCUCUCAUGCGUGUGGAUCAUGUUCGCCAUGCAGGUUGGUGAUGGUGAGCUUCGUUUGUGCAUCGCUUGCAGAGGCUGAGUCCUGUCCAAUGGCUUACAAGUGCAUGUGCCAUAACAAGUCCUACCCUGUCCCAUGAAUCACAAUCUCUCUCUCACCUUCAAUUUCUAACCCCUUUAACAUACACACUGCCCUCGUCUCUUUGUUCUUCAUCACUUUCGUAAACACUAUAGACAUGGUUUUGAGGUAUAGUGUUCUUGUUCUUAGGUUUUAAGGAAUCAAUAAUCGUUAAUGUUUCAGCUUCUGAAUCUCUUUUCUUUUCAGUAUUAAAGAAAACAUAGUAAUCUGUUGUCGUACAAUGAAGCAGGAGAGAUUCAUGGCCACUGGGCCAAUUUGGGCUGCAAUGUAAUUCGGCACCUCCAAAAUGCUAUUAACACCCCAACUU